CGUGUGUACUUACCGUAAGCUAUGUUUCCUACAAAUCAAACUUGGCGUCCGAAGAGACGAUACAUGUUCCGACUAAGUAGGCAAUCGCCGCCGAGCUCCGAAACCGCACCUAUCGGGCGGGCGCCACUUUUCCGUCGCUUCUUCGUUUCCGAUUAAUGAAUUUAUUUUUAUAUGAUUCUUUUUUCUCUCAGGAUCCACGCGUAUCCCUUCAGACAAGCAGGGCGCCUCUCAGCAAAUGGCUUGCAGAUCCAGACUAGCGCCGAUUGCCCGGCGCAUGUCGACGCCCGGCGGGCUGCUGAGCAGAACAGCCCUGAGCGCCUGCCACCCCGGAUCUCCCGCUGCUGCCCUCCACCGCUGCCUCUCGAGCACGCCGACGACGCGUCUCCGCGCCUCGGCUCCGCGCCAAGGAAAGUAUACCACCGACAGCUAUCCCGAGAUCAAGCGCGACCCGCGGUUCUCACAGAUCACCGCCGACCAUGUGGCCUACUUCCGCGAGUUGCUAGGCAAGGACUCGGCGCUCAUCGACGGCGUCACCGCCGACGUCUCGGUCGACGACAUGGAGUCUUAUAAUUGCGAUUGGAUGAGGAAGUACCGCGGCCACUGCAAGCUUGUGCUUAAGCCUGGAUCCACUGAAGAGGUCAGCAAGAUCCUGAAGUACUGCAAUGACAACAUGCUGGCUGUGGUGCCUCAGGGCGGCAAUACAGGGUUAGUUGGAGGCUCGGUGCCCGUGUUUGACGAGAUCGUCGUCAACAUGAGUCGCAUGAACCAGAUUCGGUCCUUCGACGAAGUGAGCGGUGUCCUGGUUGCCGAUGCUGGUGUUGUCCUAGAAGUAGCGGACCAGUUCCUCGCCGAGAAAGGAUACUUAUUCCCUCUUGACCUCGGCGCGAAGGGAUCCUGCCACAUUGGCGGUAAUGUGUCUACAAACGCUGGUGGUCUUCGUCUACUCCGGUACGGAAGUUUGCACGGUAGUGUGUUGGGCAUAGAAGCGGUCCUCCCCAACGGUACGAUUGUAGAAGACCUCUGCACGCUACGCAAGAAUAACACUGGUUAUGACCUUAAGCAGCUGUUCAUUGGAGGUGAAGGCACCAUCGGCAUGAUCACUGCAAUUUCAAUACAAUGCCCGCAAAGGGGCAAGGCUGUCAAUGUUGCAUUCCUUGGCGCUGACUCUUUCGAGAAAAUCCAGCAAGCUUUCAGAGAGGCCAAGUCUCAGCUUUCCGAGAUUCUCUCAGCAUUUGAGCUGAUGGACUCUUACAGCCAGGACAUGGUGUAUAGAGUACGCCAGAACAAGCGACCUCUAGAGGGUGAACACCCGUUUUACUGCCUCAUCGAGACCACUGGGUCUAACUCAGACCACGAUGCUGCAAAGCUGGAGAAGUUCCUAGAGGACGUCAUGGAAAAGGAAAUUAUCUCUGAUGGCGUCGUGGCGCAAGACGAAACACAGAUUAAGUCGUUAUGGAGCCAGCGAGAGGGUAUUACAGAGUGUGUAGGCCACUUUGGAGGUACCUACAAAUACGAUGUUUCGAUACCUUUGAAAGAUUUAUAUAGGCUAGUGGAUGAAACUAGGGAAAGGAUCGAGGCCGCCGGACUGAAAGGUGACACUGAUGAUUUCCCUGUCGUGGAGGUUGUCGGAUACGGUCACAUGGGUGACUGCAACCUACAUCUCAACGUUGCCGUCCGGAGAUACGACAAGCGAGUCGAAGAGGUGCUAGAGCCAUUUGUCUACGAAUGGAUCGGCAAGAUCAACGGAAGUAUAAGUGCUGAGCACGGUAUUGGCAUAGCCAAGAAGAAGUACCUCGGAUUCAGCAGAAACGAUGCUAUGAUCGAUCUCAUGAAGCAAAUCAAGAAUCUAUACGAUCCAAAUGGGAUCAUGAACCCGUACAAAUAUAUAUAGCGUGUAGAUAGAAUCUAUAAUAUGAAAUCAAAAUGUGAUACUAGAUAAGACAAAUUCUAGGCGCUUUUAGUUUUCUAGUCAAAGGUU